AUGUUCAAAUUCAAAAUAUGGUCAACCUCUGCACGACUCGCACCCACAUCUACUAGAACCUGGGGAACUCACCCAGGAAUACAGGCUUCUGAAUAUGCUGGACGUCGCAAGAGAUUAAUGGACUCGUUGCCCACAGGUAGUGUUGUCUUAUGCUCUGCCGCAGAGCUAAAAUACAUGUCUAGUAUUACAAAUUCCGUCAAUCCUCUAAUUUCUGAAGACCUCCAGCGGCAAGGGCACAAAACAUACCUUUUUGUCAAGGAUAAAGACCCUUACGAUGAGCUCUGGCACGGUCCGAGGACUGGAGUCCAACAAUCAGUCAAGAUAUUUGCUGCAGAUGAAGGCUUUAGCAUUGAGGUUCUGUGUAAAAUCCUGGACUUGGUCCUGAAGGACGCCAAUCAUUUCUUUGCCGACGUUCCCUCCCAAGUAGCUGAUUCUGAGGUAACCAUGAUGUCGAUACUAGAAAGACACAAACCAAGAAGUUUGCACAAAGAAGUGAUGAAACUCAGAAAGAUCAAAAGUUUGGCGGAACGAAUAGCGAUGCGUAAAGCGGCCGAUGUUAGCGGCACCUCACAUGCCAAGGCAGUCCCCGUGUAUCUCGAUUCCCUGUCGAAUGUUUUUACACGCAGGUUGGACCAGACCAUGCGAUUUGCUAAAUCCGCGGAGACCGAAGCUCAGUUAGCGGCUCAUUUCGAGUACGUCUGCGCGCUGCAGGGUGCGCAACGUCCCGCAUAUGUGCCUGUAGUCGCUAGAGGUGCGAAUGCACUUGCAAUACAUUACACGAAUAAUGAUUGCCGCUUGAGGGAGGGAGAAAUGGUGCUCAUGGAUGCAGGGUGUGAACUCAACGGGUAUGCAUCGGACAUCACUCGCACAUUUCCAGUUGGUCCAUCCGGUCAAUUUACGCCCCCUCAACGCGAACUAUAUGCAUCUAUUCUUGAAGUUCAGAAAAAGCUCAUAUUGAUGUGCACCGAACAACGCGAACUAUAUGCAUCUAUUCUUGAAGUUCAGAAAAAGCUCAUAUUGAUGUGCACCGAAGAAUCCAAAGAGUCCAUGAAUUCACUGCACAAUCAGAGUGUUGAUCUACUUAAAAGGCGCUGA